CGGGGCCCGAAGCCUGUGAUUGGUUUCGGAAAUAUUUUGCAUAAAUUCCUUAAACCAAUCACUAGUUUGGAGGUCCAAUGGAUUCACGAAUUCGGCACAAUAUACGGAAUUUUUGAAGGCAAUCGACCCAUACUAACGGUGGCGGACCCGGAGCUCAUUAAAAGCAUUUUGGUCACAGAUUUUCAUGUGUUUAAUGAUAGGGAGGGAAACCCUUUGUUCAAUUCGAAAGCCCACCCAAUACUGGGCCAAAAUCUCGAGGCAAUGGCGGGCGACGAGUGGCGUCGGGUGCGGACAGUACUGUCGCCCACUUUCUCGGCCUCACGGAUGCGUAAAAUGUUUUUCCAAAUGAGGGAAUGCGUGGACAGUAUGGUAACUGAGUUGGACACCCGGGUCACCACCACAUCCCAGUCCUACACUGAGGUCGAUAUCAUUGAUGUCUUCGACAGAUUGUCCGCAGAUAUCGUCACAACGUGUUUGUAUAGCUUUAAACUGAAUCCAUGGGCCGAUACGAGUGCUAAUCAGUUUGUGGUGAACGUCACCCACGUAUUCACUCCGAGUCGACUGCGCCUAUUGCUGUACACACUAUUACCUAAAUAUAUGCUGACCGCCCUGGGAGUCAAACACCCGGUGCGGGACUCGGCCAAUGAGUACUUCAUUUCGAUGACCCGUCAUAUGAUUGCUGAGAGAAAGCGAAAUACGAGUAAUAAUUACAACGAUUUCAUAGAUUUAGCCAUAAAUGCGGGCAAUAAUAACACAGAGGGUUACAGUCAGGGCACUGGUGACCACAAUAUAAGUGCCACAAAUGGUUCAGAUAGUGUUAAGAAAGGCAUCAAAAGAGGGGACAGUUAUAUGUCUGAAGACGAGGCGUUGGCCAACAGUUGGAUAUUUCUGAACACUGGGUGUAAAGUGGUGUCAACAGCCCUGGCAUUCCUGGUCUACGAGUUAGCCCUACAUCCCAAUCAUCAGCAAAGACUAUACGAAGAAGUGAAGGGCUGUGUCGGCACUGGAGAUAAGGGAAUAGACUUCGAGUCCAUAUCUCAGAUGCCUUUCCUCGAGGCCGUCAUCAAUGAGUCUCAACGCCUGCACACCAUUUCCAUACGUAUGAGACGUACGGCAGUAGCCGACUAUAUGUUGGGCGACACCGGUAUCACCAUUCGUAAGGGCGAUGCGGUUGAAAUCCCGGUGCAUGGGGUACACCAAUAUGAGCACUAUUACCCCAACUCCAAUGUGUUCAACCCCUACAGGUUUAUGCCCCACAAUAAGGACAAACUGGUGCCCAACACAUACAUCCCUUUUAGUUUAGGAAACCGUCAGUGCAUUGCUAUGCGAUUCGUGUUACUGGAGCUCAAGACUACACUCAUUCAUCUCAUAAUGAGGUAUAAGUUUGUGACGACUGUCCACACCGACCGUCCCCUACGACUACUGUCCAGUAUUUUCCAUCACUCACCACAACGUCUACUGUUAGGCCUGGAAAGGCGUGUUGCAGGAAAUUAA